AUGUUGAUUUGUAACCGUUGCCUCUCAGAAAAGAGAAUUCGACUGAUGGUGAUUAACCGAUGGAAACCUCAAUCGGCAAUUCAACUUAUCGGCAUUCGACUUCUAAUCCCAUAUAGUCGUAGAUGUGAAGCAAUAAGUCUUAUACUUAUUGAUGUUGUUGUUCCCGUGAAUCUCCUAACGCUUAGCGAAGAGAACACCCCCGCAAUCUGGCAGAAAAUGAAAUCGACCGUCAAAAUUGUCAUAAAUCAUUUGUCAUCAGAGCUUUCACUUUGUAAAAUUGAGCGAUCAAAAACAUGUUCAAAUGCUUCCGGCUUCGAUUUCGGAAUCGAAACAAUAUUUGCGGGAGUAAAUAAAAGGUCCCUGAUACUUAAUAAGAAAAUUUCCGGUGCUUUCCUUUUGCCUCAUAAACAUCGGAUUUACAUAAUGAGUUAA